UUCACAAGUCACAACACAUGUGCGGUGCUGGUGAACUUGUCUAAAAAAUAAAUAAUUUGGGUUUGUUUAUAUUCGCAAUAAAAUCUGUUUGAUUUUAUUUACAUUCAGAUAUAGUAUUUUGUACUUAACUGAUCAGAACAAUGUCUGGGCGUCCGGAGCAUCAAGCCCCACCAGAAAUUUUCUACGGUGAAGAUGAAGCCCGUAAAUACUCUCGAAAUACACGCAUGAUGGAGAUCCAACUUACUAUGUCAGAAAGAGCAGUUGAAUUGCUGUGCUUACCAGAAAACCAGCCUUGUCAUCUACUUGAUUUGGGUUGUGGAUCAGGUCUCAGUGGUGAAACAUUGACCGAACAGGGGCAUAUAUGGACAGGAGUUGAUAUUUCAUCUGCCAUGUUGGGAGUGGCAAAGGAAAGGGAAGUUGAAGGUGAUCUCUUAUUGGGAGACUUGGGUCAAGGUCUACCCUUUCGUGCUGGUGCAUUUGAUGGUGCAAUCAGCAUCUCAGCCUUACAGUGGUUAGAAUUUUUUAAAGUUAGAUAUUUUAAUAAUUAUUGUUUUAUAUUUCAUUUAAUUGACUGCAGGUUGUGUAAUGCAGACCAAAGGUCACAUAAUCCUGCAAAGAGACUGUACAUAUUUUUCUCAUCAUUGUACAGUUGCUUGAGCCGAGGAAGCAGAGCAAUUUUCCAAUUCUACCCUGAAAAUAGUUCUCAAGUGGAGCUCAUCACGUCGCAAGCAAUGAAGGCUGGUUUCACAGGAGGAUUAGUUGUUGACUAUCCCAAUAGUACCAAGGCAAAAAAGUUUUUUCUCUGUCUAAUGACCGGAGGACAACAACCAUUGCCUGCCGCUUUGGGAGUGGAUUCGCGCGAAGAUGCUCCUAAUCAUGUUGCAUUUUCACAGAAAAGGGAUCGGGUUAAACAACUGCGCUCAGGAAAGGCCCCUAAAAAGAGUCGUGACUGGAUUCUAGAGAAGAAAGAACGCAGAAGACGACAAGGAAAGGAAACGAGAGAUGACUCUAAAUUUACUGGUAGAAAGCGACCAUCUCAUGUGUGGUAAAGUGUUUGUAUCUUGUUAAAGAUUCAUGAAUACAGUAACUUCGCGUCA